AUGUUUUACAGCCAUGAAAUCCUUACGUCCCGGAGGAGUGGACUUGCAACGGUUUGGCUUGCUGCCACUAUAAGCUCCACCCCUGGCCUCAAGAAACUGAAUCGCAAGGCGAUAUUUGAGGUCAAUAUACCCAAGACAUGCGAAAUUGUAAUACAUCCCGAGGCACCGAUGGCUUUAAGACUACAAAGCAACCUAUUGUACGGCAUCUCUCGCAUCUACUCACAGCAGGGAACCUACGUGCUUUCAGACGCUCAACUCGCUCAAGCCAACAUGCGAGCCUUACUCAAAGCUGUCCGAACAUCUGAACUUGACCCAAAGGCCGGCAAAGCACGGCCGGAACAACUCAUAUUGGAAGAUGAUCCUGCCUUUUUCGCCGAUCUAGUACUACCAGAUAUUGAUCUAGACCUCUCCGUGCUAGACUUCUCGACGGACAGAUCACCGCACCCUUCCAGCAUUUUGUCAGCACAUUCGCAUAGAUCAAGCCAAACGAGCGGCGAAGGAUCCGUGCAAGGUUUGAUUUUGCCCUCUUCGGGGUCAGGAGGCGCUGGCGGCUUUCAGCUCCCUAGUGAACAUGGCAGCUCUGUGCAACGGAACGAAAGAUUGGCCCGGCUUCUAGAUGAUGAUGGCGAUGCUUUCAAUAUUGACCCCGGAUUUAGCAUUGAUGCGGAAGGUAAUGUAGUCGAAGAACCUUUUGGUGGAAGUGUGAUUGAAACCGGGCCGGUAAGGGCGAGAAGUGAUGCGGCCGCUCGAGGGCAAGUGAGGUCACAACGUGGAGAUUUUCAACCGCAAGACCAAGCUGGAGCGACGCCUAUGGAUAUGGACUUCGACAUGCCGUUGUUCGAUGAUCAGCAAAUAAUCCUUCCGGAUGCUGAACCUUUCCCUUCAAUGCGACCAGUAGAUCCUGCGAUCCCUGGCCAGGGGACUUCUUCUGCUCAGCCACAGGAAGAAGAAGAAUAUUCUGAGACUGCUGAAGCUCCCAUUCGCCAACGUCGAAAAAAGGCACGUCCUUUAGCCCUAGACCAGAGGAUGGAACUUCGGAAUGCCGAUCUAGCCAGCUGGAAGGACGACUAUCUGACCAACAUGAUAGAAGCUACUCGUGCCCGACUUCAGCAUCGUGCUGUUUCUCUAGCAAAGAAGAACGCUGCUCAAUGGAUUACCGGCAUAGGUAUUGGUGGUGUCGGUGCAGCGAUCGGCACAUCAAACCUACCGGGUCCUCUCCACAUCUUCGCUGGAGAUCCAUUGAUGGACAUGCUUCUCGGUCCGAUAUCAGAUAGAGGUGGGCGCAAACGGCGUCUUAGUGAGGUCAGCGAAGCCGACGUCAGCAGCGAAACCCAACGUCGACGUAUGCGGGAAGGCGACGCAGAGAUCGGUCUUGGAGACGAUGGAAAUUUUUUCCAAAAUGACGAUCUAGGCCUCCACUCAAGCGAAGCACCCGAAAUUGGCCGCCACGCCCCGACACCAUUAGCAGACGACCCAAGCUUUCCCUGGAACACUACUGCCUCAGCCCUUGCAUCCCGACAUGGUUCCUCCAUCGCUCACAGCCACGUCCCCUCCAAUAUAGGUGGUUUCCCCUCCAGCGCCGGCGGAACUGCCCCACCAACUACUUUACCUCUCCGUCAGGGCAGCCAUAUCCCGACCGCCAGCCCAUUAAUCGGACGUGGGAGCCACCGAUUCAGUAGCCUCAAGCUACCCUCCGACGAUGGCAACGGUGAGCUCGACCUAGGUGCCGGCGGGUUCCCUUCCGAUGACGCUAUUGGCGGCAUGGGGGCCGAGUAUGAUGAUUUCGAACUCCAUGGUCCAGCGGCGGGUGUGGGCACGCAGACCCAGAUGCAGAGUCAGUGGUUGAGAGACACCUUGGACCGCGAGGCGGCGAAUUUUCUGGAGUUUGUAAGGGAGGCGACUACUACCGGCAAAGGCGAGGAUGAUGACGAUGAGCUUACGGCAGAAGAGCCUGGAGAAGGGCAGGGGAGUAUUGACUUUGAAAAGCUCUUGCCGCCGGACCAGCAUAGUACUGUUGUCGCAGCGCAGGCAUUCCAUCAUGUGCUUGCUCUUGCGACGAUGGGGAAUCUCGAUGUGCAGCAGGCAGCACCGUUUGGGCCGAUCAAAAUGAAGGUCGCAGAAGUCACAAAUCUUGGUAGUGAACAGGCAAUGGAGUUCGAGAUUGAGGCUUGA